GCAAGUGAAUGAAAAGAGAAAAAUAAAGAAAUACAGUUACCCAAAUGUUUCAAGGCAUAUGUGGUUUGUGCUGUUUAAAGUAGAGUUCUCAAAACACAGAGUUUUGUGCUUAAAAAGCGACAGUGGAGUUUAAAUAUUAGUCCGUUUCUGCAAGGUGGGUGCAGUGUCCCGCAAUGGAAACUGGAGCUGAGGAGGCUUCAGAAAUGAUUUGAGGAUAAAACAAGGACUGUGAUAUGCUAAAUUUUAGUUCUAAGUGAGACUGGUUCCUAGUUUACAGAGCUCAGCAGUUUUUAUCUCGCCAGUUUUGCCGCUCUAACCAGCCCAAGUUGGGAUAUGCAAAUGGCAUAAAUUCAGUGGUGUACCCUGAGUACCACAGUCCUCCAAGAACGUACAUGGUCAUGUACAUCUAGGAUCCUGAUAUUCACUUAAGCCAUUUAGUUGUCAUAGCAGUCCCCAUAAAAAUGGCCAGCUGUAUUACCUGUGGUGAAAGUGACUUCCAUUACAUGGAUGGUCACUACUUCUGUGUCCACUGCCAAACACAGUCACAGGAUUUUAGAGAAGAAGAAGCAGAGGAAGAAUUUGGAGCCCAGUCAUACAGCUUACUUGUAUCAAGUUCACAGCAAAAAGAGACAGCCAAACAGAAAAAGAAAGUUGACAGAGGAAGACCAUGGUCGACUACAGAGGCUUUCCAAUUGAUAAUAAAAGAACAAGUCAAAUCUUUCAUAAGUCUAAAUGCUCCAGCCCAGCUUCAGGACAUCGUUUUUCGGCUGUGGGCAUUAUAUCUGUCCAAGGUUGGGAUAGCUUUUACAGAAAUCUCCAGAAAUCCUCAGAAAAUAGUUAAUCCAAGGCAUAGAGACAAAUAUCCUGCUACACUUGAAAACCCAGAAAUAAAACCCCGGAGAUACAGGAAAACAUGGUGUAAGUCACAGGGCCAUGAUGGAAAGACCCCAGAAGAAAGAAUAGUUGAACCAGAACUUCAAGAAACCCUCCAGAAUGAGGAGUUCUAUGCUGAAGACAACCCCCUUGAGGAGGAGGAGGAGGGUGAUGAGGAGGAAGAGUCUUCUGGGAGUGGGUCCAGUUUGGAAGAUGAGGAUGACAGGGUUGAAGGAGGCGAGGAGCAGAAUGAGGAACAGGGGAAAGUUUUACCAAAAAGAGUUGCCAAGCACAGUAAAACGACAUACAGGAUAGAGAAGAUGACUCUAACCCUGACUAUAAGUUUCUGCUAUCUGGGAUUACUGUACAGCAAGUGUCAAGUUGUGGCCUCUGAUUUUGUGAGGUGGAUUAAAGAAGAUAGGAUACCUUUUGUAAACGUUACAAAAUACUUUCCAGCAGAUUUUAAGUUACAGAAUUACGACUCUCAGACUUUUAGUUGCAAGACCAUUCCCACAGCUGAAAGGAUCAGGUACAAUACUGGUAGACUGGCCUUGUUUCUGGAACUCAAGAACGUACCAGACGUGGAUGUGCAUAUUCUUCUGAGUAGAUAUGUCAUGGAAAUGAAUUUACCUGGUGAGCUACAUGCUAUGGUGAGACGCCUGUACAAAACUACACUGAAGCAGGUUCACUUCAGGGGGAAUGAAAAUGGCAAAGGGAGUAUAAAGCACAGCAUUCCCAAUUAUGAAGCUGUUGCCAUGGCAUACAUAGUCAUUAUCCUUAAACUAUUACUUGGACUUGAUGAUCACACAGAAAGAGAAUUGUCUCGGUAUGCUACAAGAUUAUCAGACAUACUUCAACCAAAGCAGCCUCUGUUUAUAUGGGAGGACUGGGUGCACUACAUGGAAAAAAAAUUGUCAGUCAAACAGUCGACAUUUUCUCUGCCUAGUAAUGAAAGAGAAGUUCAGCUUACUUCCAAUAUAAGUGGAUGUCUGGCAUAUCACGACUGUAGAAUUCAGGGAGCACAACUCGGUGGGCAGAGAAACCUAAAAAGGAAAAGUCUGCGUAAAGAAGCUAGGGAGGCCAUUCAGAUGCCCUUCACAAUUUUGAUGGAAAGACUCAACCUAACGGAUCCUCAGCCAACCAUUGAUCCCCCAUCGCUAACCUCUCCUGCGUCCACCAAGCAUUCAGAACUGACCACUGGGUCAGCUGACACUUGUAAAGAAAAAGACUUCAGCGUUUGUAGUCUGAAGUAUUUGAUAGAGGAUGCAGAGUUCUUAGAAGAACUGGAGAAACAGGGUCUGUCCGACUUCACCAUAUCCAGUGCCUUGGAGGCUGAGGAUUCAGAGGAGGAGGAGGAAGAGGAGGGCAGUGGGGUGGAUAUGUUUGCCUCACAGGACAGUAGAAAAAGAGUCCGGAAGAAAAAACACUGUGGCUCUGUGCCAAGGAAGAGACAAAUGCAGGAGGCCAUACUGUCAACUGUAGGUGGUAAAACUGCCCCCAAGGAUAAGAUUACCAUGAAUGAGUUGCAAGACUUGGCACAAACACUGCUGAGAGCUAAUGAGCGUUAUGUUCUGUAUAAUGAUCCCGGAUUGAAAGAGGCUCACAGGCAUAGGUCUUACUUGUGGUUGACUGAUGUUUGCUGUAAGAUAAUUGAGUGUGAUAAAAAGACCCUGGAGAAGGAGAUCGAAGAACUAGAAUUUGUUUAUAUUAUUGCACAAGAAGACCUUGACAAGAAAAGUCAGCAGAGACGAAUGAGAUUGUUAAAAAAAUUCAUAAUUAAACGUUGA